AUGCUUCCCUAUCUGAGCCCAAAGGCGCAGAGAAUCCUCGGCAGGAUGGACCGGAGCGAGAGUCACAUGAAUGUGAAGUUGGGCAAAACGGACUCACGGUCUCCUUCCCGAGACACGCAGAGGAUCCUCGACAGGAUAGACGGCCGCGAAGCUUCCAUGAAUAAGAAAUGCACAAACACAGGCUCAGGGGCACCUUCCCGAGACGAUGUGACCUCCACCUACACCGAGCUGAACAUUCGGAAAGUCGAACCAGCAGAUGGUCUGGACCCCACCUACUCUCAGCUGAACUUCCGCCAAAAUGAACUUCACAUCGCUGAGGAUGAUGAUCCUUCUGUUGCCUCGGGACCAGGAAAAAUGCCAUUGACUGCUCAGGCAGGUCCACAUACAGAGCAGCCGAAAGAUAAAAUCAGAAAGAAACCGGACCGGAAGAUCUGCCUUCUCUGCCUAGUUACAUCCGCCCUCAUCGCGAUAGUGGCCGGGCUCUCGAUCUGCGUAUUACAGAUUCGUCAGUCUCAAAUCAGCAGCGACAAAAACUACACGUUAUUUUGCCAAUUCCUGACCAGUAAAAGAGAGCAAGCGUGUUCCCAGCACUGGAUCAAAAACGAAGACCGAUGUUAUUUCAUAUCCACGUUGGAAACAUCUUACGACGAAGCAAAGAAAUAUUGUUCGAACAUUGAUGCAAUGCUGCUGGAAAUAAAUUCAGAAGAAGAGAAGAAUGUUGUUUCCAAAUCUCUCGUCCAUCCAUUCAUUGCAUACUGGAUUGGAAAAUGCGAAGCCGGGGAAGCGGCUUCUAGUCUUAUGUACAGGGAUAGCCUUGGAAGGUCCACUUGCCGUAACUGCGACUCGGACGAAUGGAAGAAACUUUGCAAAAGUCAACACAGUUUUAUCUGUGAGAAGCGUUCACAUUUGUUCACCGAUAUUCCUGAAAAGAUCCGGGAUCUCUGUCAGCAGUCCCAAGGACCAAAUUGAAUCACAUUACAAUCCUUUUCCCUGCCCGGUCUAUCUUCCCCUCUCUUAACCAGCUCUUCGGCACAUUCCCUCUUCAUCCACUCAGCCUCCUCAUCCUCACUCUGAACUCUCGUGAUCCCUUCCCGCAACACUCUCCGACGUUGGUCUUUCCCCAUCGAUCUCCUUAUUUCCUGGCAUCUUUUGCACUCUUCUCCCCUCCCUGCACCGUUCUCCACCCCUCCGUCUCUGGUGUCUCUCUCCCUCCUCUCCACCCACUCUGACAUCACUCCUGUGCACUCUGGUUCACAGAUUACCCAUCCUGGGGUAAAAGACUAUGCGCAUUCACUCUAUCUAUGCCUCUCGGGGUUUUAUACACACCUUUAUAAUGUCACCCUUGCUCCCCAAAAAAUAAACACCUCACGCCAGCCCGGUCUCCAAAACUCAGCCACUCGAAUCCCGGCAACAUCCUCGUAAAUCUCCCUCUGCACUUUUUCUAGCUCAUCUUUCCGACAGCAGGGCGGCCAGAACCGAACACAGUACUCCACGUGUGGCCUCACCAAUAUCUUGUACAACUGCAAUGUGACCUCCUGAUUCCUGUACACAGUGAUGACCAGCGUGCCACAUGUCCUGUCUAACUGUAUCGCGUGUUUGCCACCGGAAUCAUCAUACAUUUAUUGUCUGUGAUUUAUGCCACCUGACAGUUAAUCAUUUGUACAAUCAGUAAUACGCAAAGAUGUAAAUUUAAUGUUAGUUCCAAAAAUUAAUAAAUACAGAACAUAGGGGACUAUCGAUAUCCUGGAUAUGGGUAGCGUUAAGUAAUCUGAAGGUGGAAGGAAAAUAACUGGUUUCAAAUGGUUGACUACGGGUCGCCAGGCUCUUGUACCUCCUGCCCGAUGGUCCGAAUGAUGACAGGGCAUGUUCCGGGUGGUGGGGGUCUUCAGUAAAAGAUCUUCUUUAAAUAGAUCUUAAAAAAAGAAUUAAUUCCUUUAUUGUUUUCCCGAUUAAAUAAGGAUUCACUCAAAGAAGGCGUAAAAAAUAAUUUCGAUAAAUUAAACUACGACGCUUAUUUUUUUAAGAUUAAGAAAUUACGGAACUGGAGCCAAAUUAGUAAAGAAUAUUAAAUCACAGGGUAUAAUUCUGAAUUAGCAUCUUUAGCUAAUUGUAUAGGUAUCAUAGCUCCCAAUAACGAUGUUAAAUAAAACUCUUUCACAGCUUUCAAUUCCAAAUCUACUCAAAUUGGCCGCUCGUUCUUAUCAACGCAAUGUCACCAAAAGGACAUAUAUCGCACAUUAAUAUCACAGUAAUACAUUCCUAAAUUAUGCAAAGCACGAUCUCCAUCCUUUUUCCAUUUUUGUGAGAGACAUUUAGUGACUCUUGGUCUUUUAUCAAAAUAUUUAAUUAAUUUUCCUUACAGAUUAGAUGCCGAAAUUUUAGAUACUAUGACGAGCAGAAACCCUUUGAUGAACGGUUCCAUUGGAAGAAUUUUUGAUUUAUUAUUACAAUAGGAUAAAGGUCCAUUAGGAAAAUUAAACAAAUCGGGGAAAGGUACUUAAUUUGACUUUUAGCACAGAGGACAGGGUGCGCAUUCUGAAGUUGGAUAAUUCUUCUUCGAUUUCUGCUGGUCAUUCGCUGAUUCAGUAUAAAAUUGUCCAUUGUCAUAUCUGAGUCUUUCCUGUCUAUGAAUUGUUGAGGAGCUGUGGUUGUUAUUUUAUAUCAACUCAAUAUGAUACAAUACAUGAUUUUGACAGUGUAUAUUCUUGUCUUUGUACAUUUAUUCAAAUAUG